UAAUUUGUUGUCUAUAUGAUAAGUAGAUGUGUUGUUAUCAAUCUCGUAAAAUUUGAUAAACAUCGCCACUUGCCAGCUCCGAUCUUCCCUAUAAAAUCUGGUGUACCAAAACUACAUCAUUUCAAUCUUCCCUAUAAACAUGAAUUAGAUGCCUAUUCUUUCUUUUGUAGCAAAAAAGAAUGGAGAUCGACUUCGUACAAACUGAAAAAGAAGCCUCAUGUUGUGUGCAUCCCAUACCCAGCACAAGGUCACAUAAAUCCAAUGCUGAAACUGGCAAAGGUUCUCCAUUUCAAAGGAGGUUUUCAUGUAACUUUUGUCCACACAGAACACAGCCACAAACGCCUUCUCAAAGCAAGAGGCCCUGAUUCCCUUAAUGGUCUCCCUUCAUUUCGCUUUGAAACCAUCCCUGAUGGCCUUCCAGCUGAGACUGAUGUGGAUGUCACACAGGACAGAGAUACCUUGUGUGAGUCCAUCAGAAGAACUUGCUUGCCUCACUUUAAAAACCUUCUUUCCAAAUUCAGUAAUGCCUCCUCAGAUGUUCCUCCUGUAAGCUGCAUAGUUUCUGAUGGGGUUAUGAGCUUCACUCUGGAUGCUGCCAUAGAAUUGAACAUCCCAGAGGUGCUGUUUUGGACCACAAGCGCAUGUGGCUUUAUGGGUUAUGUUCAGUAUCGCCAACUCAUUAUAAAGGGCCUAAUACCUAUCAAAGGUAUUACAUUGAUGAAUUUCAUCAGUACAACAAAAAAUGGGUUUAUAGAUGCACAUGUGAGAGUUUAAACUAAUAUGUUUAGAUUGAUAAAAUCAUAAGUUGUAUAUGUAGAGUAUUGGUUUUUUUCC